GCGAAUCGUAACUUGAAGUAGAAGAACCAAGAAACGUCUAUUUGACAUUAAGAUGCGCGCUUUUAUUGUUAUGUGCUUGGUGGCCGUUGCCUGCGCCGAUAAGCUUGGCUACAACUACCAGCCGGUAGGACACUCCCCCUCUGGACUUUCGUUCAGGCCUGGCAAUGGAAAUGCAAAUAUUGGAAGCAUCGGCGGCAGCGACUCACUUAGUGGCUUGAUCGGCGUCAACCAGGGUGGAAGCGGCGGUGGUUCGAUCGGUGGUUUGACGAGUCUUGGCGGUGACAACAUUGGGCUGGGCUCCAACCUUGGCGGCCUAGGCGGUCUACAAGUACCAGCAGGUGGUCCAGUCUCGUACGAGGCCCCUGCACCAGCUGCUGAAUUGCAGAAGGAGUUCUUCACCUACACCGCCAAUGAACAGGACUUCGAUGAGCCACAAGCUCUGGAGAAGGUUUCCAGCUCUCUGAACAAAGCUCUGCGUGUUGUCUUCAUCAAGGGACCCGAGAACCGUGGCCUGGAGAACGCUGCUCUGGCUCUGGCCAAGCAGGCCGCCCAGCAGGAGACCGCCAUCUAUGUUCUGAACAAGCAGGCUGACAUCGGAGAUCUGGCCAACAAACUGAAUGCCAUCCGCAGCAACACCAACAACAAGCCCGAGGUGCACUUCGUCAAGUACCGCACUCCUGAGGAUGCUCUCAACGCACAGCGCGCCAUUCAAGGACAAUACGAUCAGCUGGGUGGUACUUCCAAGGCUCUUGAUGGUGGUGUUGCCCCCGCCUUGAACUUCGCAUCCCGCGUUCCAGUACGCCAGGUGGUUCCUCAAAGCCCCGACAACUCAUAUCUGCCCACAUCCAUCUUCCGUCGUCUGCGUCGUUAAAUUAAUAUUAUUAGAUUAAUUAUAUACUGACGAAUAUUGUGAACUUUAUCAUCCCCAAUUGUUAACUAA